AUGAUGAUGAAGCAGUAUCUUCAGUACCUGGCCGCAGGUUCCCUCAUGGCCGGCCUCGUCGCCGGUCAGGGCGUCGGCACCCAGCAGACCGAGACUCACCCCCGAAUCACCUGGAAGAGGUGCACGGGCAAGGCCAACUGCACGACCGUCCAGGCUGAGGUCGUCAUCGACUCCAACUGGCGCUGGAUCCACACCUCAGGCGGCACCAACUGCUACGAUGGCAACUCCUGGAACACAGCUGCCUGCAGCACCGCCACCGAUUGCGCGUCAAAGUGCUUGAUGGAGGGUGCCGGCAACUACCAGCAGACCUACGGUGCUUCCACCAGCGGUGACUCCCUCACUCUCAAGUUCGUCACCAAGCACGAGUAUGGCACCAACGUCGGCUCUCGUUUCUACCUCAUGAACGGUGCCUCCAAGUACCAGAUGUUCACCCUCAUGAACAACGAGUUCGCCUUUGACGUCGACCUCUCCACGGUCGAGUGCGGUCUCAACUCGGCCCUGUACUUCGUCGCCAUGGAGGAGGAUGGUGGCAUGCGCAGCUAUCCCACCAACAAGGCUGGUGCCAAGUACGGUACUGGUUACUGCGACGCCCAGUGCGCUCGUGAUCUCAAGUUCGUCGGUGGCAAGGCCAACAUUGAGGGCUGGCGCGAGUCGUCCAACGAUGAGAACGCUGGUGUCGGUCCCUAUGGCGGUUGCUGCGCCGAGAUCGAUGUCUGGGAGUCCAAUGCCCACGCCUACGCCUUCACCCCCCACGCCUGCGAGAACAACAACUACCACGUUUGCGAGCGUGACACCUGCGGUGGUACCUACUCCGAGGACCGCUUCGCUGGUGGCUGCGACGCCAACGGCUGCGACUACAACCCCUACCGCAUGGGCAACCCCGACUUCUACGGCAAGGGCAAGACCGUCGACACCACCAAGAAGUUCACCGUCGUCACCCGCUUCCAGGAUGACAACCUUGAGCAAUUCUUCGUCCAGAACGGCCAAAAGAUCCUCGCUCCCGCUCCCACCUUUGACGGCAUCCCUGCCAGCCCCAACCUCACCCCUGAGUUCUGCUCGACUCAGUUUGAUGUCUUCACGGACCGCAACCGCUUCCGUGAGGUCGGUGACUUCCCCCAGCUCAACGCUGCCCUCCGCAUCCCCAUGGUCCUCGUCAUGUCCAUCUGGGCUGAUCACUACGCCAACAUGCUCUGGCUCGACUCCGUCUACCCCCCUGAGAAGGAGGGCGAGCCCGGUGCUGCCCGUGGCCCUUGCGCCCAAGACUCCGGUGUUCCCUCCGAGGUCAAGGCCAACUACCCCAACGCCAAGGUUGUCUGGUCCAACAUUCGCUUCGGCCCCAUCGGCUCCACCGUCAAUGUGUAAGAAAACAGACUUUUGUCGCCAGGAAAAUAAAGCCCCCAAUAAAAGGAUGGCGGCGGCAGUGGUGGUCAAGGCAGUUGUCAAAAAUACUCUUUUUGUUUGGCUGGUGCUUCUGCUGGAUGUGCCGGAAUUCCUUUCACUUUCAACGCACAUAGUUACUUUUUUUCACCACCGACAUAGCCCAAGAAUGUAUCUAGUUCCCCCCCAUGCCCCGACUCCCUUAGCUUCACCAUCAUUGUCAUGUAGAAGGUGAAUGAAUGAGUAUUACACCCGGA